AUGGAUCCGUUUGUCCAGCGCGUUCGAGAGAUACGAAUAGGCGGCAAGUAUCAACUCCUCCGGAAGCUGGGUUCGGGAUCAUUUGGCAAAGUGUAUCUUGGUCGCGAUGUAGACUCCGGCGCAGAAGUCGCCAUCAAACUCGAGCAUUUCUCCGCGGACCCGUCUCUCCUCGACGAUGAAGUUCCCAUCUACCAGGAGCUGGCCGGGCAAACCGGGUUUCCGCGCAUCUUCUGGCAUGGUUUUGUGCAUGACUUCAAGGCGCUGGUGUUCGAACUUCUCGGACCGAAUUUGGAAGACUUGAUUCGAUAUUGUGGCAACCACUUCUCUCUCAAGACGACCUUGAUGCUGACCGAUCAGCUGCUUCGUCGGUUUGAGGUUCUUCAUUCACAUCGCUACCUUCACCGAGAUGUCAAACCAGAAAAUUUUCUCCUAGGGGUGGGUCGGCAGGGUAAUGUGGUGUACAUGACGGACUUGGGCCUGGCAACCUAUCUACGGCCCCGGUCUCCAGGCUCAAACAAGGGCAAGGCCCACGAACAUUCUACUUACGAGCCUCACUUAUUGGGGACAUGCAGAUAUGCGAGCAUUAAUGGUCAUUUGGGAGCUGCGCAAUCCCCGUGGGACGAUUUGGAGGCACUAGGCUAUAUGCUGGUGUAUUUCCUAAAGGGCAAACUUCCCUGGCAAGGCCUCAGGGGCGAGGGCAAAUAUCGACGUGUGUUGGAGAUGAAGCAGACGAUCCCCGUGGACGAGCUUUGUGCCGACCUUCCUCCCGAAUUCGCCUCUUAUAUGCAUCAUGUGCGCCACCCGAACGAGGAUGACUUGCCUGAUUAUCGAUAUUUACGGAAAUUGUUCAGCAACCUUUUCCACCGAGAAGGGUUUGAAAACGACAAUGUCUUUGACUGGACGAUCCGGGAAUUCAUUAGACUGGAGGCUGAAUCUCAGCCAACCUCCCCUAUGUCCGGCGUUGUAGAGGAGAGAAGCUAA